CCUCUCUGGGCGCCUACUCCCUCGGUCUCUUUCUUGGGUCCAAACUUUUGAGGUGGACGGGCGAGGAGAGGAGGGCAGAGGGGCGGCGCGCAGCUGGGAGGCGCUUCAGCACCGCGGUCAGCACCCGCUGCAGACGCCCCGCCAGGAGCUGCGGGCUGCGCGCCGGGAGCCGGGAGCAGCGUGGACGCCCCGCUCCGAGAUGCCUGCGGAAUGAUCGCCCCCCAGGGCGGCUGCUGGGGCUGCCGCUGCCUCGGUCUCCGCGCGGCUCUGACCCGCGGGCGGGAAGUGCAACUGGAGGGGAAGGUCUCGGUCUCCGCAGUGACACUGGAGCGGCGACAGAAGAGAGAGUGAAGAGGCGGCACCCAACCCAGGGCAGGAUGCAGGCGACGGCGCACCUGCUCAAUCUGCUGCUGCUGUCGCUGCUGGCUGGAUUCGGUCCUUCCCAGACGCAGGUCAGCCCCAAGGAGGGGUGGCAGGUGUACAGCUCCGCGCAGGACCCCGACGGGCGAUGCAUCUGCACGGUGGUGGCUCCGGAGCAGAACCUGUGCUCCCGGGAUGCCAAGAGCAGGCAGCUGCGCCAGCUGCUGGAAAAGGUUCAGAACAUGUCCCAGUCCAUCGAAGUCUUAAACCUGAGGACUCAGAGAGAUUUCCAGUAUGUUCUAAAAAUGGAAACCCAGAUGAAGGGGCUGAAGGCCAAGUUCCGGCAGAUUGAAGACGACCGGAAGACGCUCAUGACCAAGCACUUCCAGGAGCUGAAGGAGAAGAUGGACGAGCUCCUGCCGCUGAUCCCCGUGCUGGAGCAGUACAAGACGGACGCUCGGCUCAUCACCCAGUUCAAGGAGGAGAUCCGGAACCUGUCGGCCGUGCUCACCGGGAUCCAGGAGGAGCUGGGCGCCUACGACUACGAGGAGCUGCACCUCAGGGUGCUCAGCCUGGAGACCCGGCUCCGCGACUGCAUGAAGAAGCUCACGUGUGGCAAGUUGAUGAAAAUCACAGGCCCAAUUACAGUCAAGACGUCUGGAACCCGAUUCGGUGCCUGGAUGACUGAUCCUCUAGCAUCCGAGAAAAACAACAGAGUCUGGUACAUGGACAGUUACACUAACAACAAGAUAGUCCGGGAGUACAAAUCCAUGGCCGACUUUGUCAGCGGGGCUGAAUCAAGGACCUACAACCUCCCUUUCAAGUGGGCGGGCACCAACCACGUGGUCUACAACGGCUCGCUCUACUUCAACAAGUACCAGAGCAACAUCGUCAUCAAGUACAGCUUCGACCUGGGCAGGGUGCUGGCCCAGCGCAGCCUGGAGUACGCCGGCUUCCAGAACGUCUACCCCUACACCUGGGGCGGCUUCUCCGACAUCGACCUGAUGGCCGACGAAAUCGGGCUGUGGGCCGUGUACGCCACCAACCAGAAUGCGGGCAACAUCGUCAUCAGCCAGCUGAACCCCGACACCCUGGAGGUGGCCAAGAGCUGGAACACGGGCUACCCCAAGCGGAGCGCCGGGGAGUCCUUCAUGAUCUGCGGGACCCUGUAUGUCACCAACUCCCACCUGACCGGGGCCAAGGUGUACUAUUCCUACUCCACCAAGACCUCCAGCUACGAGUACACAGACAUCCCCUUCCACAACCAGUACUUCCACAUCUCCAUGCUGGACUACAACGCCAGGGACCGGGCGCUCUAUGCCUGGAACAACGGCCACCAGGUCCUGUUCAAUGUCACCCUCUUCCACAUCAUCAAGACCGAGGACGACACAUAAGCGAGUGUAACCUGUUUCCACCGAGCUACACCAUGUCAUUUGUGACCCAUUCCCUAGGACUCCUUUGGUGUUGCUUUUCUUCCUUAGAGCGUCCCCACCCUUUUCCCAAAGCAUUUCUACCAUCACGUGGGUGUUCCGGAAAAUUCCGCGGGGCCCGCCUCAGUGAACCCGUUGGACACACAUCGGAACUCCUGCAUUCACAAGGCCUAUCAUGUCCUUGUCAUGAGAAGCACUACGGAGAGCUUACGUGGCUAAAGUCAUACUUUUGCAAAAGAUUAAUGGUCUGCCUUAUACUAGUGUCAGAGACUAAUGGUAGCUUCAAUGCAUGAAUGUCUCUGUCUCUCUCUCUCUCUCUCUCUCUCUCCCUUUUUCUCAACCCUGCCACUUCUUACUAUAUGUCUCUAGCUCCACAUCAGAAAACAUUCUGGUAGGAAUCAGAAGAAAAAAGGAAGAAAAAGGAAAAAAAGCACUUUUCCCCCAUUCAUUUCUAAAACAGACGUCAGGAUUUCAUUUACAUGGGGACGAACACGCCGUCUCGCUGUUCCCUGGUCCUCUGGCGCGGUGCUGUACAGCCAUUUUUAAAUCUCUUGCUAACAUUUGAUUGGCAACCUGUAUUUCUACCAUUGUGACCACCAUUGUGCAAUUGUAUCUCUUCACUUCUGUGACAGUAAGUGAUGUUUUUUUAUAAACGACACUGAAGUUCAAUCUCAGUGACCUCCUGGGUCCAUGUCCAAGUGUGGUCCCAAGGAAGUAUCUUCCCGGCUUCCCCUUCCCAUGGUAGUGUAAGCUAAACAGGAAAGCAGACCAGGCCCCUUCCAUCCAGUCUUUAUUUGACCCCUGACACACAAUGGACCACGGACACGCAAGGCCACACAGACUAGGCACGGGCGAGGCAGUCCGCUCACCCUGCUGAAGGCAACCCUUAGCCACACAAAUUAAACUCGAGAUGACUAUAUUCCUUCAUGAUACGACCAAACAAAUUUUGUUCUUCGUAAUGAAAUAUCUCAGUGUUUUAACUUAUAUUUCACACACAACUUGCAAUAAUGUAAUUCCUUGUGCCAGCACUAGAAAAGUACAUGAAGCACAUAUAAAAAGUCUUUAAAAGAUUUCUGUAAUAUCACCUAGAUUCCCAUGAUAAACUCGGGAGCGGUUAUUGGCAAGAUGUGUGCAAAAGAGAAUGAUGGGAAGACUUGGGAGUUGUCUGUGCCAUUUAAAUGUGCAAACGACCAAUCUGGAAGGCAACCCCUGGUCACCCAGAUUCUUUGUGUGCAGAAACAAUGCAACCAAAAAAGACAGCUUUCAUCAGAUUUGGUGUCACUAACUCCCAAAACAUAUUCUCAAUAUAUAUAUCGAACACAUUGUUGAGUUUGGAUGGACUUUCCAUAUCUCAAAAAUCCUUACCUGACGCCAUUUUACAGAAACUAGUAUGUGUUGGUUUUAAAAUUUAAAAAGCAUAGAGUAUAGUAAAUAAGAUGUAACUUAAAUGGUUGUAAAUGCUUAGUUUUGCACAUACAUCCUACUGUAAUUUCCUUCGUAAAGUAAGGAUAUAACCUUUCAGACGAAGCAUUGUGUAAAGAAAUGCUAGUGCUUAAGAAAUUCAUUUCCAUUGUCACAGGUAAACCAUCACCCUCAAAUAGCUCACUGUCAGGCACGCAGGAUAAAAUAACCCAAUCUUGAAAGUGUCCAAGUUUAGCGAAGCUUUCUCUCUCCCUCCCUCCCUCCCUCUCUUCCUCCUCCUCUCUUUCCCUCCUUUCCUCUCUCCUUCUCUGUCUGCCUGCCUCCUGUGGUCCUUUGGUGAUAUUGUCCUUCUCUUUGAAAACAUUUAUCUAAUUUCUCCUCUGCUUUUGGGUGUUAGAAAGUUUAGGGGAAUCUGCUUGUUGUCGUACACUCGCUACAAAAAUAAUCAGCCAAUACUUUGAAUAUCAAGAGUUUGUCUGAAAAAAAAAGAAAAUCAACCUCGGAGAUGAAUGAACUUUGAAGUCGAGGGCCUCUACUGAACAGCCGGGUUGUCGUUACUCGCUUCUGUUUGUAAAGAGAUGGAUAUGGCAUCAUGUACAUGCCCACCUGGACUGCGCAGCCUUUUGGGAGACACGCAGCUUGUGAAGCCCUUCGCCUGCUGCGUGUGGCCCAGUCACCUUCUCCCACCCCCGCGGGACGCGCAGGCGCCAGGACUGCGCUGGGACCGGGAACGUGAGCGUGAAAAUGGAUCUGCAUUAAACACUCACAGUUCAGAAGCAUUUUUCUUCAUAAGUUAUCAGUUUUGUGCCUGAAAUAAAUAAGAACUUACUCUCAUCACUGUUUUAUUUUUAAAUCUCAAAUAAAAUAAAUUUUAUGAGGGAAAUGAUGAGCAUUUAUAAAUUGCUCACAUAAACCAA